GGCUUUCUCAUGUACCUAGGCCUCAGCAUCCCACUGUUCUGUUUUCUGACUUUCCUUUCCAUUGCAGGUUUUGUUGCCCUGGCGAGCUCUCGUGCUUCCAGCAAAACUCCCUGUCAAGGUACAAGCAAGCUUCAGCUACUUAGCAGUUCAACUUAUCAAAAUGGGAGAAGCUGGCCAGGUUGUCAUAGAAACAGAUACGAACUAUGAAUUUGAGUUCCUCUCAUUGGACGAUUUGGAGCACAUGGUCAUUCAUAUGGCAGAGUUCCUUAAGAAGAUGUUUCCAGAUUUUUCACCUUGGAAUCUACUCCAGAAUGCCUCCCCCAGUUUACUGGACAGAAUACAAAAGAUAACCAACUCCUUGGAAGAAGUGCUGCAGGAAAACCAAGGGCCAUGUGGUGGGUUCUCCGAGAUGUACGCCAUGCUGUGUGACUACAGCGGCUUUCCUGUGCGAGAGGAGAUCCAAUGGGAUGUGGAUAAUAUCUAUCAUAAACAGGGAUGCAAAGAGUUCAACCUGCUGAAUUUUGGAUACCUGAACAGCCAGGAUGUGGCUCUCAGUGUGGCUACCUUGUCUUUUAAUCGGUGGUUCACGAGGCUGUAUUGCAAAGACGUCAAGUUGAAUGUGGAUAUUCUGGACCAAAUCCUCUAUGUGCUCAGCAAGUCUGUGACUUUGGAAGAACUGGUGUUAGAAAACUGUGGCUUAAAGGUAGAGUUUGCUCACCGGAUGGCUCAGGCCCUAAGCAAUCACCCUGACUUUGUCCUGAACACGAUUAAUCUUUCUGGAAACCUACUGGAGGACCGAGGCAUAAUUGCUUUGAGCCAGAACUUUGAGCGACUCUGCAAGAGCUUUCGCAGCCUGAGCCUCGCCAGAACCUCUUUGACUUCAAAAGGAAUGGCUGCCCUUUGCCAGUCACUGCUAUCCAAUGGACUAUUCAGAACCUCCCUGUGCCACCUGGACCUCUCUGGAAACCCAGGGAGCUUGGCCACUGAUGAUGCACGUAGCUUGUGUUUUUUCCUGAGCCAGCCAAAUGCCUUGACUCACCUUGACUUAUCUGGGACAGACUGCGCUUUGGAUCUGCUCUUCAGUGCUUUGGCUGGUGGGUGCUGCAGGAGCCUUGUCCAUCUGAACCUCUCCAAGAACGUGUACUCUCACAAAAAGAACAGAGAAGUUCCUCUUGCUGUCGGCAAGUUCUUCAGGAAGGCUUCUGUCCUCCAACAUGUUUCAUUGGCUGGGACCAAGUUACCCCCGGAAGCUUUGAGAGCCUUACUGCAGGGCUUGGCACGGAAUUCACAGUUGAGCGGCCUGCACCUGGACCUCAGUAGCUGUGAGCUGAGAUCGGCCGGUGCCCAGGUGAUCGAGGACCUGAUUGUGGAUGCCAGCUCCAUUGGUGACUUGAAUUUGUCUGACAACGGCUUUGAUUCUGACAUAGUGACAUUGGUGUUGGCAAUCUGUCGAAGCAGGUCCAUCAGACACAUCGCUCUAGGAAAGAACUUUAAUAUCCGGUCCAGGGAAGCCCUGGAUGAUAUUUUGCACCGGAUUGUUCAGCUCACUCAGGAUGAAGACUGUUCUGUCAGAUCCCUGUCGGUGGCAGAAUCCCGCCUGAAGCUGGGAACCAGCAUUCUCUUGGCUAGCUUGGGAAGCAGCAGCAGCAACCUUGUCACGCUGGACAUCAGUGGCAACACCAUGGGAGACUUCGGUGCCAAGAUACUGGCAAAAGCCUUGUCAUUGAACACUACGCUCAGGACUCUUAUUUGGGACAGGAACAACACAACAGUGAACGGAUUCCUGGAUGUGGCCCGUGCUUUGGAGAGGAAUUUCACCCUGAAGGUUAUGCCUUUGCCCAUGACUGAUGUGGCUCAGGCAUAUCGAAGCCAACCAGAGAAAAUGGAAGAAGUUGUGCACAAGAUACAGUCUUAUCUCACGAGAAAUCAAAUGCAAGAAAUCUUCUCCAAGGAGAAACUGCAGUUGCAGUCAGACAGCAUAGCCAGCUCUUCCAAACAGGUCGUGACGCAGACCUGCCAGUCUGUGCAGCAGAGUGUUGAGAUGCUCAGCUCUGUCCAGGAUGUGGAAGUGAAAGCUGACAUCCUCCGGGCAAAGGAAGCCAUCGUGGAUGCCCAUCUUGCCAUCAGUGUUUUACCCUUGCUGUAUGAGGCAGGAAGUGUUACACACCAGAAUGGCAAGCUUCAGCUCAAGCUGGAAAACUUCAUUGAGGAAGUUUCUCGGACAAACAGCAGGGAAAUCCAGGCUCUCGUGCAGACCAUGCUGGAUACUGUACAGAGUUUGUGCCCAAAACUCCUGCAGAAAAGCAGCUUACGGGACCACCUGAUCCGCAGGGUGCCGGAGAGAGUCUUCCUGGCCCAGCUGCGUGCAGAAGUGGACCGGAAACAAAUGUAG